AACGAUAGCCCUCUGAUUUUUUUCUCUCUUUUUUUUUCUUCUAUAAUUUUUUCUUCAACUACAUAAUAUUCUGAUUUAUGGGAUUCGUCUGUGGCAAUUUUUAUGGUCUUUUUCGUCUUGAUAAUUGUCGUCUUCAGUAGCCUGAGGUGCGUGAUAUCUGUGUGAUUUGCUUGUUGAUAUCUUCGGUCAUUUUUGAAUGUGUUAUCAUGUCGUGUUAUUUUUGCGUUCGAGUAUGUAUGUCGAUCUGUUUUCUUGUUUCUUUUUUUUUUCGCGCAGUCUUCGCUAAAUGCUCUGUUGUCUUGAGCUCGACGCGAAUGAUAUGGAGGCCGUUGAAGUCGAUAAUAGACUGUGCUUGUGGCUUUGUAUCGAUGAUGAUCCUCAGCGCUGUAUUUUGUCUUGCUGAUUAUUUACACCAUAUAAUUGCCCCAGUCUUGCUUUUCAGUCUGGUAGUGGAAUUGACUGCAAUUUGAUAUCGCUUGGUUUGUUUUGUAUGUGAUGCUGUGUGUCUUGUGUAGACUUCAUCUUUUCUUCGCUGAU